CCCCUGAGCUCGCAGCCACACGAUGCCCACGCUCCCGUGACGAGCACACCCCCUCGACUCCAGCGACGCCUUGUGACGCUAUCUUGCUCGCUACAACACAGUGGUCAUGGCAACGAACUCGAUCGCUGAACAGAAUGCUCUGGGCAGUUCUGAAUCUGCGGCCCCCGUAGAUCAGGAACAGCGCAAGACGGUCAACAUCCUCGAGGCGUGCAAAUGGCGGAACAUAGAAGACCUCAAAGGCCUGGCCAGUACCAGAGGCGGGUUUCUUACCGACACCCUACGCCGUAAAGCCUGGCCCAUACUCCUAGGUCUCCCAGAUAGCGAGGAUUUCCAGGAUACAAUCGCAGCUGGUAUAAACGAGAAGGUAUCAUGGAAAUCUCUUCCAAGUCACAGAGACGAGGAACAAGUUGCGCUCGACGUCAACCGCGCCUUCAUCUACUACCCGAAUCAUCAAAACGACACCGAGCUCGAAAAGAACAAAAGCGAGCUAUCCGAUCUCAUUGUCGAAGUCCUCCGUCGAUACCCAUACCUAUGCUACUUCCAAGGCUACCAUGACAUCUGCCAAGUCUUCAUGCUGGUCCUCGAACCCCCAUGGCGCGCCCGCCUCGUCUCGCGCCUCUCGGUGCUCCGCAUACGAGACUUCAUGCUCACCAAUCUCGAGCCGACCAUUGCACAACUCAGGCUGAUCCCCGACAUCCUCAGCGCCGCCGACCCGAAGCUUAAGCGCCACCUCUCUGGCACGGAGCCCUUCUACGCUCUGGCGGGGACCCUGACCAUGUACGCGCACGACAUUCAGGCCUACGGCGACAUCGCCCGCCUCUUUGAUACCCUCCUCACCCGCGAACCCGUCUUCAGCAUCUACAUGUACGUCCAGAUCGUCCUGAACCGCCGCGACGAGCUCUUCGACCAGGAGGAAGACGACCCGUCAAUGCUCCACCUCAUCCUCUCCAAGGUCCCGCAGAAGAUGGACCUCGAUGCGUUGAUCACGAGCACGAUUGCCCUCUAUGAGCGAUACCCACCCGAGUCACUGCCGCAUUGGCGCAAGAUAUCCAAAGCCAGCUCAUUGAGGACGGCACGGUCCGUGGAGGAAUGCUCAAAGCAGACAAUGGACGAAGGACACACCUAUUUCCAGAAACAGCUGGCGGAGCUCAAGGCCCUGGAGCGCCGACAGAAGCUCAUGGAGGUGAUGUGGGCGUACAGAAAGGGGGCCGCUGCGGCCGGACUGGCCGUUGCCAUCGGUCUAGUGGCCGUAUACCUGGGUAGAAGAAACCCCAGUCCCAUGGCUGCCAUGGCAGCUUUGUACAACAAGUGGACCAACGGAACGACCUGGACGCAUAACUUUUAGUCAGGAGUGGAAGACCAUCUGGACAGCCUCCAAAAACAACUUGUCUCAUCAUGUACAUUUAGAUUCCCCCAUGUAGAGUAUAAAAAAAAGGCUAUC